CUUUCUUAUAUCAAUUCACAUUUCUUUAUCUUUUAUAUAUCACAAUCAUGCCUGACAAAGACGCUGGUACUCCUCGUGUCUUCCUCAUCCGCCAUGGCGAGACCGAGUGGUCAAUGUCCGGCAAGCACACCGGCAAAACCGACAUCCCCUUGACCGCCCAUGGCGAGUCUCAAGUCCGCAGCACCGGUGCCAUCGCUGUCGGCGACAACAAACUCAUCGACCCUUCCAAGAUUGGGAUGUGUUGGGUUUCCCCUCGCACACGCGCCCAGCACACCUUCUCCCUGCUCUUUGGCGAGCAAGAGGCUUCCCUCAGACAGCAGGGUAAAGUCCAGACCACCGAGCAACUCGGUGAGUGGGACUACGGUGCCUACGAAGGUCUCAAGCCUGCCGAGAUCCGCGAUUUGCGCAAGUCCAAGGGCUUGGACACUGAGCGCAAGUGGGACAUCUGGCGUGAUGGCUGUGAGGAUGGCGAGUCUCCUGACCAGGUGGCUGCACGUAUCGACGAGUUGAUUGUCGAGGUUAGAAAGUUGCAGGGUCCUAACAUGAAUGGCGAGCAACCUUGUGAUGUUGUUCUGGUCGCUCAUGGUCAUCUCACUAGAUGUUUUGCCAAGAGAUGGUUGGGCUACCCUCUUGAUAUGAACCUUAACUUGAUGAUGGAGCCUGGUGGUGUCGGUGUGUUGAGCUACUCUCAUCACAAGGUUGAUGAGCCGGCUCUCCUUCUCGGCAUUGGCUUCCCUGCUCAGUCAUAAGCACUCGGAUCAAGGACACAGAUCUGAAGACUAUGAGAAGGGAAGUUUUACAUCAUUAGAUUUAUUGUACAUAACACCAGCCACUAGAUUUCGAACUCGACAA